AUGUGCUGCUCUUCUUUCAAUUGCAACUUGCCAAAGAAGCGACAAAUGAAGCAUUCAAAGUUACAACUAUAUAUGACCGGGUUCGGCCCCUUCAAGGCUAUCACGGUGAACCCAAGCGCCGCAAUUGGGGAAGCAGCCGCAAAAGAAAUGGUGAAGGACAAGGAACUUCAAGUUCAUUAUGAGGAACUAGAGGUUACCUACGACGCGGUGUCUGCGUACUUUAAGAGGCUUGAAGAAGAUAUCGCAAAGCACAUGGAAGAGGAUCCAGAAGUGUGUGUCCUUAUUGUACACGUCGGACUCCACAGUCGUGAGCAAGAAGGCCAAAUGCGGUUGGAGGUACGCGCCUACAACGAACUUGAGGGUUCCCCCAUUGAGGAGUUACUUCCUUUGGACACGUAUGUGGAGAGCGUCUUUGGCUGCGAACGGAACGCCAUGUCGAAGACGGCGGCGGAGCUCAUAGAGCAACUCAAUGCUGUGAUAUUAAAGCAGGGACACGAAGACGGGGGGCGCCAAAGGCCGCAUUGGCUCACCUCCCGUGACGCCGGUCGGUAUUACUGCAAUUACACCCUAUAUAAAAGUGUGCAUCUGCAGAAAAAGUGGAAGGACCGAGUAUUCCCUGUAUUUGUUCAUGUCGCCAAUGCAUACACAUGCAAUAAUCCCAGUCUAGAGGAGCAGACCGCACAGGUUCAUUCACUCGUGUCAGGACUUGUGCGAAUUGUGCGUAAUAAAGACACGAACUCAUAA